CUUACCCGCUCGCAGGCCGGCCCAGAGCCCGGGACAGGGACCGGGCCGAGCGGAGCCGCCGCGCCCGUGCCGCGCCUCCAGCCCGUGCGCCUAGCGGAUCGGAGCUGCGCGCGGAACUGUCCUGCCUCGCCCCGCGCCACCCGCGAGGGUGGCCCGAGGCAGCCGGGAUGACAGCUCUCCCCAGGAACCCUGGCACCUGAGAAACAUGAUCAGCAAGUCCCCUCUUCCGUGCGUUCGCCCUGCAGGCUGGAAACUCCUGGCCACGCUGGCUCUGGUCCUGGUCGUCAUGGUAUGGUACUCCAUCUCCCGAGAAGACAGGUACAUUGAGCUCUUUUAUUUUCCCAUCCCAGGGAAGAAGGAGCCAUGCCUCCAGGGUGAGGCGGAGAGGAUGGCCUCCAAGCUCUUUGGCAACUACUCCCGAGAACAGCCCGUCUUUCUGCAGCUUAAGGAUUAUUUCUGGGUCAAGACGCCAUCUGCCUACGAGCUGCCCUACGGGACCAAGGGGAGUGAAGACCUACUGCUCCGGGUGCUGGCCGUCACCAGCUACUCCGUUCCAGAGAGCAUCCAGAGCCUCAAGUGCCGCCGCUGCGUGGUGGUGGGGAACGGGCAUCGGCUGCGCAACAGCUCGCUGGGAGAGGCCAUCAACAAGUACGACGUGGUCAUCAGGUUAAACAGCGCACCGGUGGCUGGCUACGAGAAUGAUGUGGGCUCCAAGACCACCAUGCGUCUCUUCUACCCUGAAUCCGCCCACUUCAAUCCCAAAGUGGAGGACAACCCUGACACACUCCUUGUCAUGGUAGCUUUCAAGGCCAUGGACUUCCACUGGAUUGAGAGCAUCCUGAGUGAUAAGAAGCGCGUGCGAAAGGGCUUCUGGAAACAGCCUCCCCUCAUCUGGGACGUCAACCCCAAACAGAUUCGGAUUCUCAACCCCUUCUUCAUGGAGAUUGCAGCUGACAAACUGCUGAGCCUGCCGAUACAGCAGCCGUACAAGAUUAAGCAGAAGCCCACCACAGGGCUGUUGGCCAUCACCCUGGCCCUCCACCUCUGUGACCUGGUGCAUAUCGCUGGCUUUGGCUACCCAGACGCCCACCACAAAAAGCAGUCCAUUCACUACUAUGAGUAUAUCACACUCAAGUCCAUGGUGUGGUCAGGCCACAAUGUCUCCCAAGAGGCCCUGGCCAUCAAGCGGAUGCUGGAAAUCGGAGCCGUCAAGAACCUCACGUACUUCUGACUGGGCAGGAGCUGUACCCAUCCGUCUGCUCACCCUGCUGAGUGCCCCCAUCCAUGGCUAUGGGGGGUGCCUGGUCCCAGCUGGGACUCACCCUCCCCUGUGUGGGUAGGAGGAGGCCAGGUCUGAGACGAGGCUGUGUCCCUGGCGGCUCCGGUGGAGGCCAGAUCGAGUCAGGGUGGCGGCCCUGAGGCAGCAGGAGCCCGGCCAGGCACGGGGCUUGCUGCUGUGGCAUCCCCUCUCUGCCAGCGCCGGGAGAUUAUUUAACGGGCUAUUUAAUUAAGGGGUAGGAACAUGCUGUGGGCUGGCCCCAUGGCAUCCAGAAAAGGGGGCAUAUUACCGUGUUCUGCUCACUUUUUACACAAAAGUGAUGGACCCACUACGGCCUAGACCCAGAGCAGGCCUCCCAGGAGGGCGAGGCGUCUGGAGCGGGCGGUGCCCGGAGCGGGUGGUGCCCUCCAGAGAAGGACUGCUCCCUCCCAGCGGGCAUGGGAAGAGCACUGGCACAGGGCUUCUGUGGAGGAGAGGACCUAAAAGGGGUUUCAGACUUAUUAAACUAUUUUUCCUAAAACAGAA